GGCAUCCGCAAAGAUAUUAAGCAGGAGCUUGCCUCUCUCUGAGAGAGAGAGAGAGAGAGGGAGCUAGUAACAUAGAGAGAGAGAACAAGUUAGUUAGCGAUGGCGGAAGCUACUCCUCAACUACGCAUUCUCCUUCAUCAGCAGCAACCCCAAAAGGAACGCUCCCCCAUCACCGUUUCCAGCCACGCUGAUAGAAACCGAGUUCUUGAAGUAUUUAGACGUGCACUAUCGCAAGUUGGUCCACCUGCAAAUUUUGCUUUGCAGACAGUUCAGGAAGCCAUAAAACCACAGAAACAAACUGUGUUGGUGCAAGAUGAGAACCAAUCCUUGGAAAAUGCUCUACGGGCAUUACUUCAGGAACUAGCAUCCUCUGCAGUUCAGUUAGGAGAGCGCACUAUGCAAUAUGGACAGUCCAUUGAUGGUGCAGGGAGUAUGCCUGGUCUCAUACCUCGGCUUCUUGAUAUUGUCCUCUAUCUUUGUGAGCAAAGUCAUGUGGAGGGUGGUAUGAUAUUCCAGCUGCUAGAAGAUUUGACUGAAAUGUCAACCAUCAGAGAUUGUAAAGAAGUUUUUGGCUAUAUCGAGAGCAAGCAGGAUAUCUUAGGCAAGCAAGAACUCUUUGGCAGAGGGAAGCUUGUAAUGUUGAGGACAUGCAAUCAGCUUCUUCGUCGACUUUCUAAGGCAAAUGAUGUGGUCUUCUGUGGCCGUAUCCUUAUGUUUCUGGCUCAUGUCUUCCCAUUGUCGGAGCGCUCAGCUUUGAAUGUAAAGGGAGUUUUCAAUACAUCCAAUCAAACAAAGUAUGAACAAGAGCCUCCUGAAGGAAUUUCUGUUGAUUUCAACUUCUACAAGACAUUUUGGAGUUUGCAGGAGCACUUCUGUAACCCUACUUCCAUGACUCUAGCUUCUGCCAAGUGGCAGAACUUCACAUCCAGUUUGAUGGUUGUGAUGGAUACAUUUGAAGCUCAGCCUUUACAUGAAGAUGAUGGAAGUGCAAAUAUUCUUGACGAAGAAGAGGCAGUAGCAUUCAGCAUUAAGUAUCUGACCAGCAGUAAAUUAAUGGGACUAGAGUUAAAAGAUCCAAAUUUCCGCCGCCAUAUCCUUGUUCAAUGCCUUAUAUUGUUUGAUUACCUUAAGGCACCUGGAAAGAAUGACAAAGAAGGACCAAAGGAAAUCAUGAGAGAAGAAAUUAAAUCCUAUGAAGAGCGUGUGAAGAAGCUUCUUGAAAUGAUACCUUCAAAAGGGAAAGAGUUUCUUGAAAGGGUCGAGCAUAUAUUAGAACGGGAGAAAAACUGGGUUUGGUGGAAACGUGAUGGAUGCCCGCCUUUUGAAAAACAAGCAACAGAGAGGAAGACAAACCAAGAUGGCGCUAAAAAACGCAAGCCACGUUGGAGACUUGGAAACAAGGAACUUUCUCAGCUGUGGAAAUGGGCAGAUCAGAAUCCAAAUGCUUUGACGGAUGCUCAACGUGUAAGAACACCCUCGAUCACGGAGUACUGGAAAGCUCUUGCAGAGGAUAUGGAUACUUCUGCAGGAAUAGAGGCUGAAUAUCACCACAAGAAUAAUCGUGUUUACUGCUGGAAGGGCCUACGAUUUUCAGCUCGUCAAGACUUGGAAGGGUUCUCUCGGUUCACGGACCAUGGUGUUGAAGGAGUUGUGCCACCAGAACUUCUGCCACCUGAUAUACGAUCAAAGUAUCAUGCUAAAGCUGGUGACAAGUCUAAACGAGCUAAGAAGGAGGAGGAAGUAAAGGGCAAUGCCCCACUAGUUGAGGACAACCAGAAUGCUGGUGCCACAACUGAGCUAGAGGGAAGUGGCAGUGGUGCUGAGCUGGAAGACUCUGCAGCCCCAAUGGACACCGAUGUGGGCGCAGUGGGUGCAACAAAUAGUGGCGGUCCAUCACCCGAUGAGGCUCAAAAGCAGAGCCCAGAUGAUGAAGUGGGUCAAGAGGUGGUUCAACCGAUACUUGAUUCUGAGCCUGAGCCUGAGCUCGAUGCUGAAGGCAAGCCCGAACAAAUGCUUGAGCCUGAAUUACCCAAACCCGCCACUAUAGAUUUGCAGGAUGGAGUUGAGGAGAGUCCUCAAGAGCCGAUUGCUCCCUCUAAUUAAGGUUAGCUUCUCAGCACAAGAGUUUAUUGCUCCUAUUCAAAGGUGAACUUGCAAGAGGAAUGAAAGGGAAGAGAAACUGUUUUAGGCAUUCCAGGGUGGGAAAGAGAAAAUUAAGAAAAACAGAGGUAACUGGAGUAAGGCACUUUAGGAAUGGACCAAAUUUUCGAAGUGCACACUAUGUGGAUCUUAAUUUGUGUCGGAGCUGGACACCAAGUUCUAUGAAUGGUCCAGUUUUUAUGAUGGGAUUAUUUUCUGGAUGGGGCUUGGGCAUAUUCCCACAUUUGGAUUUGAAAAGUAUUGAGAGGUCUUCUUGCAGGGGCUUCUAGAAAACGUAAUGGUUGGAUUGUCCCUCAAGGAGUGGUAAGGUGCUAUUGACUCAGUGGGGAUCUGGUAAAUGUUGUGAGAUAUUUUUUCAUAUAAAUUAUUGUGGAUUAUUCAGAGAGUAUUGCAAGUGACUUUAUUUAUUUUUUUUACUUUAAAAUCUCAGUUCUUCUGGUUAAUUAUGUGGCACUGAGAAGUUUAAUCUGGACAUGUGACGGGUGUUCCUCAAACUCCUAUAUUCUUUUUUAGAGUAAAUUAAUAGAAUUUUGUAUUAGGGAUUUA